ACUCAGGUGUAGUAGACUCACGCAUAUACUGUCUGUUACUGAUGUUUUACCUUUCGUCUGUGGGAAUUUCCCACAAUAUGGGAAAAUGCAGGAGCUUUUUUUACCAGUUCCACCGCAGGCCCCGGCAGCAGUGGCAACCCCAAUGGUCUCCUCUUGUUCCUUCGAACUUUUUGGCUGGCCGGGUUCACCCUGCAGCUCCUGCGUGUGUGCCUCAACGGGAAACCCGAUACCCUGCUCGAUUUUUGAGUCACCACCGAGGUCUUCAGCCCCGUUUUGCAUCCGGAAGGAAUUUCACCCCAACCUCGAGCGCCCUACGGCGGGCCCUACCUCCUGCGGUGUGGAGGCCCCCCUCAAGGAAGAAAGUCGUGCUGUCUGCAAGGCACUUGGCCCACGGAAGCCCCGUGAGGCUGCCUUCGCUACAAAUGCUGGCCCUGAUGGAGGUGACAGCAGAAGAGCCGGAAGAACCAAUGGAGGCGACAGCAGAAGAGCCGGAAGAACCAAUGGAAGAACCAAUGGACGAUGAGGUAGAGACCCAGGGGCAGGAGGAGGAGAAAGGGGGCCCCCGUAGCAAUGAACCAACAGCAUCUACCUCGAGGCCCCUGGAGACUCAGGGAAACCUCGCUUCCCUCGACUGCAGUCCCAGGGCCUUAAAGGGAAGUGUCCAAUCCAAGGCCCAUGGAGUGCCCAGCGCACACAGCCCUGCAGGAGGCGUCCUUCCCUUUGGGAAGCCUGACCCAGCUCCAGCAGUGCUCCCUGGCCCAGUUCCUGACUGCUCCCAUUGGCCAGAGAAGGUGGCCUCUCAGGUGCUGGAGAAAGAGCAGCUACCCAGCUCCUCAGGCUUGCAGAUCCCGGGGAAGGAAACCCAGCGCAAGGAUCCUGCGGCUCCAGUAGUAGGCAGCCCCCCUCCACCUAGAGCUGCCAGCCAAGCAAAACGGUCAGGGCAACCCCAGCAGCUGCCACUGGUCCCUGCCGAGCAAUGGAGGUGGGGCAGAGACGAGGGGCCCUCACCCGCUAAACGUCCCCGCCUAUCCUUGGAAGGAUUCACAAACAACAUGGGGGCGAUAGGUAGCAAUGCAUGGCUGAGGAGACUGAAAAAGCGACGUGGGAGGAUAAACAACGUAUAGUAAACAGCAGUGCCAGCCAGCCCAUCUCCCCACCUCCCCACCUCACCCACCUCCCUGCCCCAGGCCACCUACAUGUCAGGUUCCAGCUCCUCCUCUUACCUCUGACUUGGCCCACGGCUGCUGGGCCCCUCAUCCUGCCCGUCCCCACCAGCUUCCCCGGCUCCUCUGGCCUCCACGCUGUCACCAGGCCCGACGACCUCCUCAGAGCCUUUUGGAUCACACUCAACCCUGAGUGCCGCCAGG